AUGCAGCUCAAAGUGCUGCCAGUGCAGCUCAUCUUCCUCGACUACGCCUCCAUAUUCCAGAAAUUCCAGAUAUGGCGUCUCGUUACAAGCAUCUUCUUUGCAGGAGGAUUCAGCAUGAGAUUCGCCUUCACUCUCCUUAUGAUAGCCCGCUACUGUGUACAGAUGGAGACAUCAGCUUUCGCCGGAAGAACAGCGGACUUUCUCUACAUGCUCAUGAUCAACACGCUCAGCCUGCUGCUCAUCGCCCUCCUCAUCCCCUUUAAGAUCUUCUUCCUUAGUGAGCCGCUGCUCCUCUCGGUCAUCUACCUGUGGAGCCGGGAGAAUCCCAACGGUGUCGUCAACUUCAUGGGUCUUCUAUCCAUGCCCGCGUUCUACCUGCCAUGGGCAUACCUCUUCAUGGAUCUGCUCUUUGGAAUGAGCGUGGUUGACUCGCUAGCCGGCAUAGUGGCGGGUCACAUCUACUACUUCCUCACGGCCGUGUAUCCGCGCACAGGGGGGGCUCAGCUCAUCCGCACGCCACUCUGGGUGUAA